UUUAGGGAGCAAAUACUGCGAGUGAAGGGCGACGACAACAUCCCAUUUGUUUUGGUCGGAAAUAAAGCAGAUUUAGACGAAAGACGUCGCGUCAGUCUCGAUGAGGCGCACCGACUGUCAGACCUCUGGAAAGUGCCAUACAUUGAGACCUCGGCCAAGACCCGACUCAAUGUGGACCGGGUUUUCUUUGACUUAAUGCAAGAAAUACGUAAACGAAAGCUGACGGACGCCGAGNACAUUGAGACCUCGGCCAAGACCCGACUCAAUGUGGACCGGGUUUUCUUUGACUUAAUGCAAGAAAUACGUAAACGAAAGCUGACGGACGCCGAGACGAGUAAUGGCCCCAAAAAGGCCGGCCGUAAGAAAAAGAGGUGUAUUAUCCUAUAAUACCGUUCCACUCAUGUAUGGGCGCCGGUAUUUUCAAGUGUUUGUAAUUAAUUCCCAUAUUUGUAAUUAAUUGACUAUAAUUAAUUACAUUUUAGAAUCUUAUUUUAUAUUUAGUAUUUUAAUUAUAUUUAUUGUAUCUACAAAAUUUAAUAAAUUCUCUAUAUUAAUUUAAGUAUGGAAAAUGUUCAAAUCACAUUAACAAAUAUUAAUUUAUAUUGCUAAAUACAUCAGGACUAGAUUUAGCAUACAAUGGAAUUAUUAGCAACAUAAUUUAGUUUUUAAUUUUCGCAAUAUUGAGCGUGGUACUGAAUUUGAGUUAAAAAUAUUUAGUAAGUA